CUGGGAUUCAGCCACUUUUUCACUGCAGGCAUGGGAACAAAGCUCCAAUUUGCAAUUAAUCCUUUAGCUCUCUCUCCAAGCAACAAUUUUUCUGGGAGUUACUUGGAAGAUUGGGACUACUUGCAGAAUACAGAACAAAAGGGCAACUUAAGGACAGCUGGUUUUGACAAGGCUUACAGUUCAAUGGAGAGGAUGCCUGAAUGCCAGAGCAUAGAAUCAAUUAAGAAGACAAUACUCCUUCAUGAAGAAAUCUUCAAACACCAGGUCAGGGAACUUCACAGGCUUUACACUGUUCAAAUGAGGCAAAUGAAUGAACUGAAAAAUGAGAUGAAACAGAAUAGAAUUUGGGGUGGAGUAACUGGCCCAAGUACUAAACCCUCCCACUUUGCUAAUCAACGUCAACCAUUAGAGAGUAUUGGUUAUGAUCCACACGUCCACGUCCAGAGUUCGAGAGAUGAUCUAAGAUCAAGGGAAAGGAGCAGUGGCUGCUCCGGUGAUACAUCAAUAAUGAUAAAGGGAUUCGACCUUGAAAGACCUGCAGAAGAUAUGUCAACCGGAGUUCGUGCUUCUGAAGAUGACCAUGCAGGAGCAGGGUCGGGCUGCCAAAGAAUCGGGAUAAACAGUAAGACGAGCAUGGAUGGAGUUGAAGAAGAGAGUGAAGUAGAGCUGACCUUGAGCAUUGGAUGUACCGGCAGAAUGAGAUCAAAAGUUCACCAGCAGCAUUGCAGCAUACGAUUAGGCGGCUCUGAGCCUAAUCAUUAUGAGUUCAAGGAUUUCGGUUUUUCUGCCUCGAUCAAAACAGAUAGCGACGAACGCGUUGACCCCAACAGUACCAUGAGCAGUUCUAUUGCAACAUUUAAUCAAGAAAGUAAGCAGCCGCAUUGGCUUUUCCAUGGUCAAAACUUGAAUCGAACAUGAUUUUUUUUUUCAUGUAUGUUGUCCAUUAUUGACAUUUGAACAUCACGGUGUUCGAGUAAUAGCAACAAUCUCUCUCCACAUAAAAAUAAAAUUACAUAUAUCUAAUUUUUUCUAAACUCUGUAAUGCAGUAAGAUACCCUUAUGUACCCAUUAGUUUAACACAUUUUUGUUUAUUGGGACGCCUAACUUCAUUGAUGCAUUAUCUUUUUCAGAGCUGAUGAAUAAGGCACUCAUUUGCUUUCGAACAUUGAUGUAAAUAUAUCAACUGCAUCAACUGUUACAUCAAUCUUUUAUUGAAAAUUUUCAUUGUCUACUGUUUGGCCUCACUGCCA